AUGCCGCCCAAGCCAUUGCUACGGGCUCUGGCUUCGCGCUCGCCUUGCCCGGUACAUCCUGCCCAUUUAAAACCUUCAUCUAGUUUGGGCACUUCCAAGCCUUCGCGGAGGUAUCUCGCGACACAUAUCAAGCACUCAGUCGCAAUCGACAAGUCCGAUCACGAGAAAGAACGAGUGGUCAUCCUCGGGUCUGGCUGGGGUGGCUAUACCGUAUCUCGCCGGCUCUCGCCCAAAAGCUUCUCUCCUAUCGUGAUCUCCCCGCGCUCCUAUUUUGUCUUCACUCCACUCCUGACCGACACAGCCAGCGGCUCCCUGGAUUUCUCCAACAUUGUCGAACCUGUACGAGAUCCCCACGCUCAGGUUGACUUCAUCCAGGCUGCUGCGCGAACCAUCGACUUGAAAAAGAAAACCAUUCUAUGCGAGGCAACGGUGGUCAGAAGUGGUGUCACCGAGUCUCCGCGCACAUCCGAGGAUGGGAGAGAUGUCGAUGAAGGGCCCGAGACCACUUCCAAGCACCCCAUGCGGCAGCUGCGGGAAUGGGAACAGGGCGAAACUUUCGAAGUCCCGUACGAUAAACUAGUCAUUGCCGUUGGUGCUGUCAGCCGGACAUUCGGCACGCCGGGAGUUAGGGAGAAUGCUAUGUUCUUCAAAGACAUCGGCGAUGCAAAGCGCGUCAAGCGUCGAGUCCGUGAAUGCUUCGAGUUGGCCGUGCUACCGACGGCCACCGACGACAUGCGCAAAUGGCUUCUGCACUUCGCUAUUGUUGGUGCAGGGCCCACUGGGACUGAAUUGGCGGCAUCACUCCGAGACUUCAUCUAUAAGGAUAUGAGUGUGCUUUACCCUGCCCUUGAAGGAAUACCCAAAAUCAGUCUCUAUGACGUCGCGCCCCAAGUGUUGUCCUCGUUUGAUAAAUCUCUCUCUCAGUACGCCAUGGAGACAAUGAAGAGCGAGGGCAUCGACAUUAAGACCUCGCAUCAUGUACAGAGCUUGCGCUGGGGUGCGCCUGGUGCACCUGGACCCCAUGAGAUGGACCCUAAGCGGUGCUUAACCUUGACGACAGAGGAGGAGGGCGAGGUCGGUACCGGAAUGUGUGUAUGGGUGACUGGCAAUGCAAUGACCAAGCUUGUAAGCCAGUCACUAAGCAAAGUCGAGGAUUUCCCAGUCAAUUCUGUUUGGACUAUGAACGGUGACCAGAGCCCUGGUCUUCCUCCAGACCAGUCUUCUUGGGAGUUCAGGAAGGUGUCAAAGACGGGGGCCCUGUUGGUCGACGGACAUCUUCGAGUGCAGCUUCAAAACGAGGCCGGAGACACGGCCGUGUUGAAUGAUGUCUUUGCAUUGGGAGACAAUGCAAUGCCAGAGACUGGCGCUCCUCCAGCCACGGCCCAGGCGACAUUCCAGGAAGCGAAAUGGCUCGCGGCGCAUUUGAACAAGCAGGACCUGUCACAAACACCACCCUUCUCAUUCCGCAACAUGGGCACGCUGGCGUACAUUGGGAGUGAGAAGGCGCUGAUGCAGAUCCCCCAUGAUGCAAAGGACCCUCAAAAACGUAGUAAAUAUUUGCCCGAGGGAAUCACCGGCCGCAUGGCCAGACUCGUUUGGAACGCGGCAUACAUUACGAUGAGUAUCAGCUGGCGCAAUAAGCUUCGGGUGGCGUUUCGGUGGACUUUGAACAGAUUAUUCGGGCGGGAUGUGUCGCGGUUUUGA